CUGACUGCGCAUGCGUCAUGACGUCACAGACAGGCGGAGCUGGACAGCGUUUUAUGUGAAAGAAAAACACCGUCGUGAUCAAAGCUGAGCGGAUAAACAACCACCGUCAUGGGAGGCGUUUUGGGACUUUGCUCCAUGGCCAGCUGGAUCCCGUGCCUGUGCGGGAGCGCGCCCUGCCUGCUGUGCCGCUGCUGCCCCAGCGGGAACAGCUCCACGGUGACGCGCCUCAUCUACGCCUGCUUCCUGCUGCUGGGCGUGGCCGUGGCCUGCGUCAUGCUCGUGCCCGGCAUGGAGUCUCACCUGAAGAAGAUUCCAGGUUUCUGCGAGGGAGGGGCGGGCUCAUCCAUCCCCGGCGUGGAGGGUCACGUGAACUGUGACGUGCUGGUGGGCUACAAGGCCGUGUACCGCGUGUGCUUUGGGAUGGCCAUGUUCUUCCUGCUCUUCUCCCUGCUCAUGGUCAAAGUGAAGAGCAGCCAGGACCCCCGAGCGGCGCUGCACAACGGGUUUUGGUUCUUCAAGUUUGCUGCAGCUACUGCCAUCACCAUCGGGGCAUUCUUCAUCGCAGAGGGGCCCUUCACCACCGUGUGGUUCUACGUGGGGAUGGCUGGAGCCUUCUGCUUCAUCCUCAUCCAGCUGGUCCUACUCAUCGACUUCGCCCACUCCUGGAAUGAGUCCUGGGUGGAGAAGAUGGAGGAGGGCAACUCCCGCUGCUGGUAUGCAGCUCUGCUGUCCGUCACGGCGCUGAACUACGUGCUGUCCGUGGUGUCUCUGAUCAUGUUCUACAUCUACUACACCCACUCGGACGGCUGCACCGAGAACAAGGUGUUCAUCAGCAUCAACAUGCUGCUCUGCGUGGGCGCCUCCGUCGUGUCCAUCCUGCCGCAGAUCCAGGAGUCUCAGCCCCGGUCCGGCCUGCUGCAGUCCUCCCUGGUCACCCUGUACACCAUGUACCUGACCUGGUCUGCCAUGACCAACGAGCCCGACAGGAAGUGUAAUCCCAGCCUUCUGGCCAUCAUCGGGCUGAACAACACCAGCCCCGCGGGUCCGGACCAGGUGGUCCAGUGGUGGGACGCCCAGGGGAUCGUGGGUCUGCUUCUGUUCCUCAUGUGUGUGCUGUACUCCAGCAUCCGGAACUCCUCCACGGCGCAGGUGAACAAGCUGACCCUGACCACGGACGAGUCUGCUCUGAUCGAGGACGGGCCCCCGGGCGACGGCUCGGAGGAGGGCAGCGGCGCCAGCAGAGCGGUGGACAACGAGCGCGAGGGCGUCAGCUACUCCUACUCCUUCUUCCACUUCAUGCUGUUCCUGGCGUCUCUCUACAUCAUGAUGACUCUCACCAACUGGUACAGCCCCGACUCCACCUACCAGUCCAUGACCAGCAAGUGGCCGUCCGUGUGGGUGAAGAUCUCGUCCAGCUGGAUCUGCAUCGGCCUGUACGUGUGGACCCUGAUGGCGCCGCUGGUCCUGGUCAACAGAGACUUUGACUGAGGCCACGCCUGCUCCGGUGCAGCAGGAGAGAUCUAGGACGGCAUCAGCUGGGAGGAACGCUGCCACGACUGACUGGGUGUCUGUGCAGAGAGCAGGCGGACGAGUGUGUUUUCCCCUUUCUAACUCCAGCCCAGACGUGUGUGUGUGUGUGUGUGUGUGUGUGUGUGUGUGUGUGUGUGUAUGUGUGUGUUGUGAGUACUCAGCAGUUGUGUAGUGGUUCUUCAUGCUGACCCAGAUGUACAUAUGUGGAGUAAAACUGACCAUGUUUCUGUGUAGGGAAACUGCAUGCUUCUCUCUGAUUGUCGGUAAACCGUACCCGAAGCUUCUCCCAGGAUAACCGCGUUGGCUGGAGUACUGCACCUGUAGUACUACUACACCUGUAGUAGUAGUACUACAGGUGUAGUAGUACAUUCAGACGACCAGGCCUUGGCUGAUGUAGGAAUCUUUCUGAAGACGGCAUCUCCGUGCAUGAGCAAUGUAGUUAGUGUAGUGUCGUGUUAUCUGUGCGCUCUGGUUACCUUCUUCUCCCCGCUGCAGCUUACACAAACACAACAGAGCUGUAUCUGUCUUUCUUGACUCUGAUUAACAUUGAAUUUAGUCUUAAACAUGUAAACAUGAAGCUUGAACACUUUUAAUUUAUUUCGUAGGUUUGGGCAUGAGUGUUAGUUCCUCACAGGUUUUUAUCACAGUGUUUUUGUUUCUUUGAGCUCGUGUAUCAGUAUUAAUAAAGUGGAAAACCAGAA